AUGCAAUCCCAGGUGUCCAUCCGCGCGCUGGGCUUCGACCCGACGAAGGAGGAGCUGCGCCGGAUCGUGUCCGAGGUGGACAAGGAGGGCUCGGGGAAGAUCGGCUUCGACGCCUUCUACUCCGUCAUGGCCCACAAGAUGUCGGAGACAGACCCCAAAGAGGAGAUCCUGAAGGCCUUCAAGCUCUUUGUGGACAAGGACCGGGGCAGGAUCACCUUCAAAAACCUCAAGCAGAUUGCCAGCGAGAUCGGGGAGAAGCUCACCGACGAAGAGUUGCAGGAAAUGAUUAAUGAAGCUGACCUGGAUGGAGACGGGGAGGUGAACGAGCAGGAGUUUCUGAAAGUCAUGAAGAGGCGUGAUCAUUAGGCAACACGUCGUAUGAGCCCAGCCACAACGUCCUGGGUCCAUCCUGGCUGGGUAGCAUCUGACUUCUGGAUGAUUAAAAGAGAAGCAGUGUCAUCUUCAGCAAGAGAGACUGCGCUAAGAAUCAAAAGCACAGGGAUAGCCUGAGAUUUUGUGACAGAGUCAGGGAGGGUAUGCCGCAGGUGAGAGGGGUUGGACUGGCCAGCCCAGUUUCACACUGGAGCGUCAGCUUUCCAUUCUCUGCCGAUGGUUUGCGAAGGUUUCCAUUCAAAGCAAGGUAGGUGGAGGGGCAAAUCUCUGCCCAGGUAAUACCUGUCUGCCUGGUGGUGAGAAAUAAAGAGAUGUGUAUUGGAA